CUUCUGUCGUUAGAUUGCUUCCCCUCAUGUGUUAUGCUUUUAUGAGGAAGAAAGAACACAGAGGUCAAUUUCUGGCGUUGUGGAGACAACAUGAAUUGGUUUCACUGCAUUGGGAAGUUUUGCUUCAUGGAAGAGGAGAACAUAGGAUGAUGACAGGAGGGUUGCUGCAGAGAAGAGGGGUCCCAAAGCAGUCCACCAAAGCCUGAGAUGAGAGGAGGGUUGCUGCAGGAACCCUGCCUCUGAAACCCGCGUCUUCCACUCGCUUCGUCUGUUCCUCAGAUGUCGCCUCUCCUUCCCCCUUUCUAAGAAGAACAUACAGCCACUCUCUUCUGCAAAACCAAUCCUUCUACUCCAUCUACUCUGUUUGCACUUCUCCUGUCCUCUUUCCGUCCCAAAAUGCCUCCUUUGGCUUCAAAAGUUUCUCCUUUUCCUCUGUUUCCUACUCUGGCAUCCUCAUCCAUCUUCUUCUUUGUCUGCCUGUCUGUGUUCUUCUCCUUUUCUUCCUCAGAGCCGAUCGCAGCCGACGUUAUCCUCCUCCUCGACAAAAUAAAGCCCGCCCUCCAAGGCUCUGCCGCCAACGCCGAGCUCUCCUCUUGGAAUGCCUCCCUCCCCCUUUGCCUAUGGCGCGGUCUACGCUGGUCUGCUGGAGGCGCCGCCACCGCACUCCGGUGCGAGGACGACCCGGCCGUCCGCUCCAACCUCAGUCUUUCCUCCGACCCCUCCCUCCACCUCCUCUCCAUCCGCCUACCUGCUGCCGCCCUCGCUGGCUCUCUCCCGCCGGAGCUUGGCCAGUUCUCCUACCUCGAGUCCCUUUACCUCAGUGUCAACUCCCUGAUCGGCCCCAUUCCCCUCGAGCUCGGCAACGCCCCCGCCCUCGCCGACCUUGACGUCGCUGGCAACAUCCUCGAAGGCGCCCUCCCGCCGUCCAUCUGGAACCUCUGCGACCGCCUCGUCUCGCUCCGCCUCCACGGAAACAAGCUCUCCGGCGCCGUUCCCGACCCUGCUGAGCCUAGUACGAAUUGCGACAAGCUUAAAAUUCUCGACUUGGGCAACAACCGAUUCCAAGGGCCCUUUCCUAAGUUCAUCGCCGAGUUCCGUGAGCUGGUGGAACUCGACCUCAGCAGCAAUAGCUUCUUCGGCUCUGUCCCGGGCUCGCUCGCUGGGCUCAGUAAAAUAGAAAGAUUGAAUCUUUCGUACAACAGCUUCACCGGGCCAUUGCCAGAGUCCUUCCGGAAGUCCAGGUUCACGGCGGAGGCGUUCCAGGGGAACAAUCUGGUGAUCUGCGGUCCAUCGACGGUGGGGAAAUGCGGCUCAACUUCCGGUCUGACUUCCAGAUCCAUCGCCGGAAUCGUGAUUGGUUCGCUGGCUGGGGCAGUGGUCCUUGCGUCGGUGUCCUUUGUUUGGGUACAGGCGAGGAAGAGGAGGAACAUGGGAAAGAAGGCGACCGGAGAGGAGGGCUUGGUGUUCGAGGAGGACGGGACCGACGGCGGGGAUGGGAAGCUGAUGGUGUUUCAGGGCGGUGAGCAUCUGACGCUUGAGGACGUGCUGAACGCCACCGGGCAAGUGAUGGAGAAGAUGAGCUACGGGGCUGUGUACAAGGCGAGGCUGGUCGACGGAGGCCACAUUUCUCUACGGCUGCUGAGAGAAGGCAGCUGCAAGGAUCAAGCUGAGUGCGUGCCGGUUAUCCGGCAACUCGGGCGAGUUCGGCACGAGUACUUGUCGGCGCUGAGAGCUUUCUACCAAGGGAAGCGAGGCGAGAAGCUGCUCAUCUACGACUACCACCGCAAUAGAACCCUUCAUGACCUCCUUCACUACUCUCGAGGGGGAAAGCCGCUGUUGAACUGGACCCGCCGGCACAAGAUAGCGCUCGGUGUGGCAAGGGGACUCGCGCACCUCCACGCCGGUCUGGAGACGCCCAUAACCCAUGGAAACGUGCGGUCGAAGAACGUGCUGGUGGACGAGUUCUUUGUGCCGAGGCUCAUCGAGUUCGGGCUGGAGAAGCUGAUGGCUCCUGCCGUGGCCGACGAGGUGGUGUCCGCCGCGAGAUCGGACGGCUACAAGGCGCCGGAGCUGCAGAAGAUGAAGAAAUGCAAUGCAAGGACGGAUGUGUACGCCUUUGGGAUACUUCUGCUGGAGAUCCUGAUAGGCAAGAAACCCGGAAAGGGGACCGUGAGGGACGGCGACGUGGUGGAUCUCCCGUCACUGGUGAAGGUGGCGGUGCUGGAGGAGGCGACGAUGGAGGUAUUCGACGCGGAGGUCUUGAAGGGGGUGAGGAGCCCAACAGAGGAGGGGUUGGUGCAGGCGUUGAGGCUGGCGAUGGGGUGUUGCGCUCCGGUGGCGUCGGUGAGGCCGGACAUGAAUGAGGUGGUGAAGCAGCUCGAGGAGAACCGGCCCCGGAACAGGUCUGCUCUAUACAGUCCCACGGAUAGGAGCGAGAGCGGGACACCAUUCUGAGGCCAAUCCAAGUCAUUUGAGCUCUUCUGGUUGUCCUUACAAAGGCAGGAUUUUGAUACGGUGUAAGAGACCAUGGUGU